AUGUCUCCAGUAUUCAAUCCUACUGUUCGAAAUCAUCCAAAAUAUCGUGACAGAAUAUCACAAGUGUCAAUGACAAAUAAUCAAAUUCGUACAUUAAUUAAUAUUUAUCCACAACACAGCAUUAUGCUACCACAAUUCCAUCGAAUGCUUCCCAUCAAUGUUCCAUUAAGUGAACAAUCGUUACCAAAAUUUUGUUCAUCAUUAGAAUUGCGUCAAGCAAUGAAAACUGCCUGUCAACAACAACAACAACAAACAAUUACUCCCAUGUCCGAAGCAACCGCCACUGCCGCUUUUUAUCAAUUUUAUUAUCCACAAUUAGUUGCUUCACUUUCAUCAUCCAACUUUAACACUCAAAGAGUCCAAAGACAAUUGACAAAUACUAGUGUCAUAAACAAUAAUUGUUCAAGUGUUGGCACAGAUUUUACUAGUAGUAAUAAACCUCCAUCAACGAUGAACAGUAUCUCAUCAUCAGACAAUACAUUGUCUUUGAAACGUCUUUAUAAUGGUGAACAAAAAGAAUCAACAGUAAAAGAAAAAAAGAGACGAUUUGAUUUUGCUAAAUUGGCUGUAGAAGCUGUCAAAGAUAAAGAAUCAAAAUCAGAAUUACCAGCGGCAAUUAUUACCAGUGGAAUUUCGUUUUAUUGUUUAAAUGGAUCUGUUGAAAAUGGUCGUAUGACAAACAGUGCUGUUACAUCCUUACCAACGUUAACAACACCGCCACAGCAGCCGCCAAUGAAAAAGGUUCUUGGUGGUGGGAAACGACGAAAAAAAGAAUAUAUUUGCAAAUUUUGUGCAAGACAUUUUACAAAAUCUUAUAAUUUAUUGAUCCAUGAACGAACACAUACAAAUGAACGACCGUUUACGUGUGAUAUCUGUUUCAAAGCAUUUCGACGUCAAGAUCAUCUAAGAGACCAUAAAUAUAUUCAUUCAAAAGAAAAACCAUUCAAAUGUUUGGAUUGUGGUAAAGGUUUUUGUCAACAACGAACAUUAUCUGUACACAAAUCAGUUCAUCAACAAACAAAUUCAAGAUAG